GGCUGACGGCCCCGGCAGUGACAAGGCCGGGCGGCGUGCCCCGCUCAAAGAUGGCCGCCGGAGGCUUCGGCGUGUCCGGAGGUGAGAGGUGAGGGGUGGCAGCGGCGGUGGCCGGGCUCCGGGAAGAUGGCAGAGAGCGAGCGGCGGGCAGGCACCUCUGAGGAGGUGACUCCUCCUCUCCAGCAGAGCUUCAUGAUCCCCAAAAAGGAGAUAAACAUGGUUUCCGACAUGGCCAAGUGGAAGCGCUCUCAGGCAUACGCAGAUUACAUGGGCUUCAUCCUCACUCUGAACGAAGGUGUCAAGGGCAAGAAGCUGACCUGCGAAUACAAAGUUUCAGAGCCCAUUGAAAAGCUGGUGGCUCUUCUGAACACCCUUGACAGAUGGAUCGAUGAAACCCCACCAGUGGAUCAACCUUCUCGCUUUGGGAACAAAGCCUUCAGGACUUGGUAUGCCAAACUAGACCAGGAAGCAGAAAAGUUGGUGGCAACAGUGAUCCCCACGCAUUUGGCUGAUGCUGCACCAGAAGUGGCCGUGUACCUGAAGGAAUCUGUGGGGAACUCCACCCGCAUUGACUAUGGCACAGGGCAUGAAGCUGCAUUUGCAGCCUUUCUCUGCUGCCUCUGCAAAAUCGGUGUGCUCAGAGUGGAUGACCAGAUGGCCAUCGUCUUUAAAGUAUUUAACAGGUACCUAGAAGUGAUGCGAAAACUUCAGAAGACCUACAGGAUGGAACCUGCUGGCAGCCAGGGCGUGUGGGGCUUGGAUGAUUUCCAAUUUCUACCUUUCAUAUGGGGCAGUUCCCAGCUGAUAGACCACCCAAAUCUGGAGCCUCGACACUUUGUUGAUGAGAAGGUGGUAAAUGAAAACCAUAAGGACUUCAUCUUCCUGGAGUGCAUCCUCUUCAUUACAGAGAUGAAGACAGGCCCCUUUGCUGAGCACUCCAACCAGCUCUGGAACAUCAGCGCCGUGCCCUCCUGGUCCAAGGUCAACCAGGGCCUCAUCCGCAUGUACAAGGCAGAGUGCCUGGAGAAGUUUCCUGUGAUCCAGCACUUUAAGUUUGGCAGCCUGCUCCCCAUCCAGCCUGUGACGUCCUAAGGAGGCCGCGGGAGGAGUCGAGGCAGCGGAGGUGUAGCGCGGCGCUCUUCCUCCUCCCCUCACCCCCUCCUCAUCACCUUGCCCGUUACACACAGCCCAUUCAUUCCUGCACAUCCUCAUCGGCAACCACAGAUCCAAAGCACUCGCUGGCCUUGCACGGGAGACGGGACCUGGAGCGGCUCCUCCUGCGCAUCCCCAGCACGGGGAUGUCUCGCCAGCGACCAAGCCGGGGCUGUACUUGUCUGCUCUGCUGUGUCUGCAGGCAGCGCGACUGCCGCGUACGACUCUGGGCAUAUGAGUGGGGUUUGAGUAGGGGCUGCCUUGCAGCAAAGGCCCUCUGCUUCCCUUCCUGGGAGGAAGAGGGUGUGGAGGGGAGGAAGGCACGUGUGUAUGUGUUGGGCAGUGGUAACUGCAAUUUCCCUUUUGAAUUUCAUUGAAGUUUCCUGUUGCUGUUUGGUUUGGGAAACCACUGCGAGGGGUGAGGAGUGAGCCUGCACGUGCCUGUAGGCAGCCGCCUCUGCUUGCAUGGAGUGGGUCUGAAGUGGGUAGAGGAAGUUGUAGGGGACAGUCUGUGGGUUGCUGGAAGCCCAGGGGGCCAUCUCUCCCUUAUUCUGGGUAAGGAAAGACCCCUUCCUCCUCCCUCCAUGUCUUCUGCAAGGUUCCCUGGGUCUUCCUUUCUCACCACCACCUCUCUUCUUCGGGUGAAGCGGGGAAUCUUCUGGGCUGUGAGGGUCUGAGCUGGCUCUGGAGCUGGAGACAAGGUCCCUGGAGGGACCCAGCUCUGUGGGAACAGCUAUGCAAAGACACUGCUUGAGCGGCACCUGCUCAGGUUGCCUCUUAACGGGCACAAAACCUCUCAUGUUCGCACACAUUCAUCGCUGGGUCCAACCUGCCCUCUGCGCUCCCCAUUUCCUCCUCCAUUCUUUCCUGCUCCAGGGCUGGGCUGGCCUCAGUGACACAAGGUGACCGUGAUUGCUACUGCUUGCUCAUAAGUGGUAGCAACAGCCCCACAGCAAAGGCAUUUCCCCACGAAGCAGCAUGUUCCCCAGCUCUUUUAGGGAGGCAUCCCCAGAGCAAAGGCAGCGGGGGUGGGGGGUGGGGAAGCAUGCAGCUUUACAUGCAUUUAUAUACCUGUGCUGGAAACAAAAAGCAUCAAUAGCCCAGGACAGCAGGUUAUACCUGGCUCUUUCCCUUUGUCAUUCCCUGCUGGUGUUGCUGUGCUGGACCUCAGGCAGAGGGACCGCACUUCCAGUGCCACAGCAGUGGUGUCUCCGAGGCAGGUGAAUGGAUGGGGCUAUGGUCCGGAUCAUAUCAGCAGCAUCACUUGGAGGGCAGAAAUGGCUGGUGCUGGGUUUAAGAUGAGCUGUCGUAUCCACAGGUCUUGACCAAGGUGGUCCACAACUUUGCAGCUGGAGAGGGCAUGUUUCUUCUUGGGGUUCCCAGGCCGGGUGUGGGGGGACAGGGCUCUGAUCUGGUGUUUGCUGGGGGUCGGGGGCAGCAGGGAUCCUUUCUCUGGCAUUGCUGCAGAGCAUGGAGGGGGCAGUGGGGCUGCCCCAGCCAGGCUGCUCGGCUUUCGCUGCUGCGCUGCUUUACUGUUGGGCGGGGGAAGCCUGCUUGUGAAUUUUUUUCAGUUGGGUUUUCGUGGUGGUUUUUUGUUUUGGGUUUUUUUUUUUUUUCUUUUCCAGACCUACUCGCUCCCUCUUGUAAAGGUACUUACAGGCACUUGGGAGGGAGAGCAAGAAAAGAGUCUAAAUUAAGAGGCAGUGAAACGCAGGUGUCCGCAAAGCUAAAGCAGAGCUUUCCAGCACUGCUACUGUCCUGUCUGCUCCUAGCUCAGCCCUGGGUGGGAGGGGACGAGGAUCUUUUGACUUGCCUGAAACAACUCUAUAAACUUGCAUUUUAAAUGAAAAUGGAA